AUGACGAAAAAGUUUCAAAUACUUUGCUACGUUACUUAUAAAUCUAGGAUAACACUAAAAAUAUUUCGUUACGUUACAGAUUACAUGAAAUCUACGACGAAAUCUCAAUCUUUUCAGAACAAGGGUAAGCCUGAUAACGACACUUCAAGAAGUUUCAAAGAUAACAAUGAAAUGUCGUUCACUAUUUGA